CCCUUUCCUCUCUUUUUUUGGGAAUGGAAAAUCAUAGAGAGAUGGGGGAUCCCCCCUCCUUGCACCCCCCCCCCCCCCCCCCCCCCCCCCCCCCUCCCCCCACAUUUGAAAUGGAAAUCAUGAGAAAAAGUGGGAUAGCUUGAACUAAUUGGAGAGUAAGGGGAAAAAAGGGGUCACUGAGUUUUUUUUUCUGUCUGUGUCUCGUCUGGUGCGUGCCUUAGAUGUUGCCGCUCCCUCCCUCUUUGUCAAAAAAAAGGGUCACCCGAGUACUUGAUACAAAGAUGGCGAUGUAUAGAGAUUGGAUGUUGUGUGUGCUGCUGCUCUCUGGGGUGUUGGCUCUUCCCACCCCAGAGUGCACCCCAUAUAGAAUCUGCUGUGACGAGGAGAGGGAAUCCCCCUUCAUCCAGUGUUCGGGUGCCUGCGAAUGCAUCGAUUUUUCGGUGGGUGGAGGACAGACUGUCCUCCACCCCCAAUUCGAAAUAGGGACCCGGGAGGUUGUGUUUGAUUCUCGGUACCUGACCAUGGUUAUCCAUGGUCAGGUACACCCACGGCAAGUGGAUAUUUCUGGACAAGCUGAUCAAGAGAUUAAUAGUAAAACACCCAUCCAGCCUCAAGCCACUACAGGUGAAGACUCCGGGACAACUCGUGUGGUCUUGACCUCCCAUAGGAUGGCUUCGAUCACCUAUGGUGAGGGCAAGACCACCACGACUUAUGAAGUGAUGACAGGGGAAUUUACUUUACCAACUGCAGCGGUUGUUGUUAUUACCGAAAAACCCAGAGACUCUGAUAGAUUUGUAUAUUUUAGUUUAUUAUCCUUGCUUAUUAUACCCCUGAUAGUGCUUGGCUUCCUGCUUUUUAGACAUUAUAAACGCACGCAUUAUCGUUCUACACGCUCUGCUUGUAUAGAAUCCAGUAAUGUAUAUAAGUCAACUACUACUACAGUUUAACUUUUCAUAUAGCUAUAGUCCCUCUUUAUAUUCUCAUUGCAUUUCUUUUUCACUUUUCUUGUAGGUGUUGUGACCUUCCUGUUUGUGUUGUUUCUAUAUCUAUGUCUUCGUUAUCGUCGUUUUUGUUGUCGUCAUCGUCGUAAUCGCUCUUCUCCUUCCGAGUUAGAACCGCAACAGUUGCCUAUGUUUUUGCAGGAGGAGGAGAGCGAUUCGAUGUUGUCGGCUGAAAUUGUGUUUGAAAGAGAGAAGUCUGAGUAAAUCCCCCCCCCCCUGUUUUAUUUCUGUAAUUGUAACCGUUUUUUAUACACACAUAUAUCUUGUCUUCGUCAUGUACGUUACAGAUUUUUUUUUAUUUUUGUA